UAACGGGAUAUCGAAGGCGACUGGUCACACUGUCUACGGCCACAUCAAAUCUGGGGGUCUGGCGUGUGACCCUGUUAUUUCUAUCUUGCAAUAAAAUAGCUGUGUAAUCUUAGUAAGGUAGUGCGUCGUUGAAAUAGUAGGCGAAUUAUAAAUUCUAGUGGACUAUAUGUGUAAAAUAUGGAACGCGCUACGGGAACAGAAGUGUACGGGUGUGGCUCCCCGCAGUCGACGGACAUAACGCUGAACAUACAAACGACGACUGGUGGUAAUUUCUCAAUCAGCUUGAACGGUAAAAAUACAGUGGAGCAUCUCAAGAAACUCGUCUCAAAGAAGUUAAAAGUGUCUAAGGAUCGGAUAUGCUUGUUGCAUCGCGAAAGGCAAUUGCGAGAGGGUACGCUGGAGGAGAAUGGGCUUCUGGACGGGUCGCGCGUCAUCUUGCUGCCCAGCGUCGAGACGGGCCUGCUGAGUCAAAGACCCGAGAACUCCGUGAUGCAGGCGCUAGAGUCCCUCAAUGACACGCAAGUUAACGACUUUCUCACAGGAAAAUCUCCACUUAAUUUAACCAUGAGAUUAGGUGACCACAUGAUGUUAAUUCAGCUGCAGCUGUCAACCCUGAACUCGGGUGCUGCGAGUGGCAGCCGCUCCCUUAGGACCUCCACACCCACCAAGAGCACCUGGGUUCGUACAAAACGAGAUGCCAGGGAAACUCCCAGCCCUCAAUGCACUCCAGAAAAACCUUCAAACUCUGAAGACACAGCAGACGUGGAGAAAUUAGCUCAGCCAAAACAAACACACACUCUUCAAAAGCAAGAUUUGGAAAUACUGCAAAAUGCCUUUGAUUUGUAUUUAGCUGAAGAAAAUUUGAAGAAAGAAACAUGUGACACAAAGGAUGAUUCUUUAGACACCACAAAUUGUACUCUCUCAGAUCUGUCGGACACAUCUGUAGAGAAUGACCAGUCUCCGAUCAAGUCCUUGUCCAAUUUGGUGUCCAGUCCUAUAGACGCAUCUACCUCUGAGAGCCGAGAAGCGGCAAUUGCAAAUUCUGUUAAAAGUAGUUUAAUAGAUUUGUUGUCAAAGAGUAAAUUACAUCAUGACAUGCUCGCCUCCACCAGCAGCUCCCCCCACGCACCCUGCCCGGCUCUUACCCCUGACAGCUCCCUCAGUGAUGACAGCGACAACUUUACUGACCAGAGCUCAUUCUUAGCUGAAAGUACCAUUGAUGAGUACCCUAUGGAAAACCUAUUCAACAGUGCAGUUGACAAAGGCCUGUUUGAGGAUCAAGACGAGUCUAUGAUGGAUAGAGAGAUCUCAAAUCUGGCCACAACCAGCCAUGGCACUCCGGCCGCUUCCGGUGCAUUGCCUUCCUUCCAAAGCAUUGAACCUUUAAAAAAUAAGCGCUUCCAAUAUUUACUCCACAAGACUUCAAAAUUUAAGCAUCCUAUUGGUCAAAACAAACAAAAAGCCUUUAUGCAAUCUGUUGUCAAUAAACAUAAGAAAAGGAUGCAAAUUCGACAAGAUAGUAACCUUUCGCAGCCGUCCACCUCCCGCACUGAGCCUUUCAUAACUAACUCCAGGAAGCUAAUAUUGCAGCCAAGUGCUCAAAGUGAAGAUGCAGACCUAGCCACUCCCUCUACUUCUAAACAAAUUCCAUUCAUAGCUCCUGACGCGCCUAAGAAACCGCAGCGAGCGUCCCCCACGCCUCCUGUCGACACUAAAGCCCUUAUAGAGGCUUCAAAGAACCUCACGCAAAAGUUGAAGAAACUGUCUAAAGAAGUACUGACGAAUAAAAUAGAUCUCAGAACUGCUGAAGAGUCAGUGCGCUCAAAGGUGGGCCCCGGAGCUGUGAUAGAGUCCAUGAAGCAUCAUGGUAAAGGAAUAUAUUCGGGAACAUUCUCUGGCACCCUGAAUCCUGCUCUGCAAGACAGAUAUGGCCGACCAAAGAGGGACAUCUCCACAAUUAUUCACAUUUUGAACGACUUGCUGUGCGCCGCUCCGCCCAUCGCUCUUGUUCAGAAGGAACCAAAACACUCAUGUUCAACCAGCACUUUGGAGGAGACGAAAUGCUCCAGCUGCAGCCAGACAGCGACCUGCUCCACGGCGCAGUGCUCGGGCUCCGCGCCCUGCCACAAGUGCGACACCGCCAAAGCCCUGGCCAUAGAGAACUCCAAGACUAAGUGCAAGCUGGAGCAGCUCCGGCUCGUGAUGCAGCAGAAGAAGCAGCGCCGCGAGGCGCGCAAAAUGAAAACUUUGCCUUACACCGCCGUACCCCCCAACACUCUCGCCUCGCCGGACCAGCCCACCAUGACUGAAGAAAUAGAGACGGUUGCUUAACACGCGAUCAUGCUCUAAUCAUCGUCUGCUACCACUUGCAGUUACUAUUCUAAGAUAGCGCAUGAUCGAGCCUUCAAAGUUUAAGUAACACUAACGUUCUUUUGCAACUACAAAAUGUGGUUUAUUCCCACUAGUUACCGCCAAGUUGUUACCAGUGGUAUCUACUGGGAUUUUUUAUAGACCAGUGGUAAAAGGUGGAAAUAAAAUUCCCAGUAGUUACCACUGGUAACAACUUGAUGGUAACUAGUGGGAAUAACCCAAAAAUGUACGUAAAAUCUCGACGCCUUUAGUUUUGAAGGUUCGUUUGAGCCCUAUCACUAACUACUCGUAGUGCUUAGUGACGGCCGCCAUUUUGUUAAACCGUUUUGACAGCGCGUUCAUUUUACACGAGUCUUCCAACUCGACAUAUGUAUAUAGCUCACUUUAAAUAAUUUUAUGCUGGAAUCUUGGAAUCAUUAUUAGCGGACGAUAGCGAUAGUAGUUUUAAUUUAACGACGACGUCACUAAACCCAUGAAUAACUGUUGGAAGACAGUCAUACAAAUGUUACAUUCGUUUGCAGUUCAACUCCUGAACAAUGGUGUCAGUUAGCUUUUAAAAUGUUGAUUCAAUGGUGCAGAUUUUCAAAAUGUAUGCAAAUCAUUGAUUGUCUCGAGCGUAGACUUGUAAAAUUACGACAAGUACACUUUCACUUGCUCUUUGACAAUGAACCGUUUUUGCAACGUGAAAGUAGCCUUAUAGACUGAAAACCCUUCGUAUCAGAGCAAAAUGUUAGUUGUUUGUGGUAAGAUAAUAGUGUACACUCGCAGUUAUAUCGAUAGUUGAUUGUUCGGGAGCGAGUGCGGGUUUGACCCAGGUAUUCAUAUUCUAAAUUACCAACGCCUAGAUUCAGACGUAGACGUAACGUCGAUAUAAGUGCUAUUAUACGCAUGUACAAAUGAUACAAGAUUGAAUAGCGAACCACUAGUUGUAGUUAAAGGGUAACUGUUAAGGACCUCCCGUAGAGUUGCCUGGUGCGACGAUAAAAUUGAUUUUUGUUGUUAUUUCUUUUAGAUUUAUAUUUUAUUUUAUUGGUCCAACAUCUGACACUUUACUAGCUUAAUUGUAUGGAAUAACAUUAGGAUCGGUAGGUUCCAUUGGACAUUAUUCCUUUGGAAAUCGUAGACCUCGUAUUUGUUUAAGUUAUGUAAUUUCUCAUAUACUUAGUAAAUUUCGAGCGUGUUUUAUUCCAUAAUUAUUGUAGUAAAUAAUCGGCACUGUUUUUGCUAUAGUUAUUUUCUUUGUUUUCUUUUUCUCCUAUCACGGAAAUGUUAUAACAUAAUAAAUUGUUUUUUUUUUCUUACUUAUUCUUAAUAAUUUUAUUUUGUUUUAUGUGAACGCACGACUAGAAGCUAGGAUGCGAGACACCAACACGUUAGACCUCGGUAACGACCCUCUGCAGAUGCGAGGACAUAUACUAAAGCUAGCUUUGUACAUAAUUAUUACGCAGAAAUUCUAAUAGUGUAAUGUGCUUUUAUGAUCUAUAACCAAUUACCCAUCAUUUUAUGUAAGGGAUUAUUAUGAUCAACUGCCUAGAAAAUGCAUUAGGUGUAAUAACGGAACACUGUGAAUAUAAUAUGAACUCUGCCUAUGUAAACGGUUGCAUAUACUAAAGUAUUGAUAGUUUAGAAAGGAAUUAACAAUAUUAAGCUAUUUACUUCAAAUAGCAACAUGCAAUCAAGAUUUUAAGUUACGGCAUCUUUAAUUUUAGUCUUCCGUGUAAUGAUCGCUUGUUUUCUUGAAAUGUGAUGAGUCCCGUAUUGGUAAGGGGCCAAGGUGACACAAUGAUUUUCCCUAGACUAUAGAGGAGCAAUAAUCCUAAAGAUCCACAUCGUGAAAAGUGCCUGUCGUUUGUAAGGUGCGUUGAUGUAAUGAUGUUGUGCCAUACGUGUGCCCAUUUAGUUUUUCUUUAAAAUGUGAGGGAAUAUAUGGCACCAUUUAAUUCGCCCUUUUAUGUAUUCAAUCUCUUAUCAUAUACUGGUUCAGUAAAGAUCUCAAAUAUGAUAUAUUUAUGAGAUUUUUCUCGUUCGUGUAAAAAAUAUAUAUUAUUAAAAACCUUCAAGUAUAAUAUGCAGUUUUCAGACCCUAUUGUUACCAAUUGUAAAAUUAGUCGGGAUGCGUUUUCGUUAUAAGUUUUGAAAAUUCGUGAGUUGUUUUUGUCCUUGUAUUUGCAUGUCUAGUGAGGAGAAUAAAGUUACAUAACAAAAUAUACAA